GAACGGCGUCCUGAGGGACCGCGACACGGGAUCGGCGUCCUGAGGGACAGGGACACGGGAUCGGCAGCCUGAGGGACAGGGACACGGGAACGGCGUCCUGAGGGACACGGGAACGGCGUCCUGAGGGACCGGGACACGGGAACGGCGUCCUGAGGGACACGGGAACGGCGUCCUGAGGGACCGGGACACGGGAACGGCGUCCUGAGGGACACGGGAACGGCGUCCUGAGGGACCGGGACACGGGAACGGCGUCCUGAGGGACACGGGAACGGCGUCCUGAGGGACCGGGACACGGGAACGGCGUCCUGAGGGACACGGGAACGGCGUCCUGAGGGACCGGGACACGGGAACGGCGUCCUGAGGGACACGGGAACGGCGUCCUGAGGGACCGGGACACGGGAACGGCGUCCUGAGGGACACGGGAACGGCGUCCUGAGGGACCGGGACACGGGAACGGCGUCCUGAGGGACACGGGAACGGCGUCCUGAGGGACCGGGACACGGGAACGGCGUCCUGAGGGACACGGGAACGGCGUCCUGAGGGACCGGGACACGGGAACGGCGUCCUGAGGGACACGGGAUCGGCAGCCUGAGGGACAGGGACACGGGAUCGGGAUCGGCAUCCUGAGGGACACCGGCACCGCCACGGGACAUGGGUCCGAAACCGAAAAAAAAGUCCGAUGGCAAAAGUGCAAAAUCGAAGAAAGCCCGGGAAAAGAAGCUUAGAGCUGAGGCCCUAUUACAAGCUGAAAGAGAAGAAGCAGAAAGGCUUGAAAGGGAGAGACUACGUCAAGAGCACUUGACAAAUCUUGAGGCUAAGUAUCAAGGGGAGAAGGAGUCUGAACUAGCAAAACUUAAGUCACUGGAAAAGAAGUUUCUUUAUGCACUGCAGUGGAAAAUGGAUUGCAGAGAACAAGCCAAGUGGGAGCAUUACCUCAGCUGUGAUGGGACUCCUGACCCCACCAUACCUCAGGAAAUCAACACUUUCAUGAGCUUGUGGCAUGAUAACCAAGAUGAGGAUGUUCAGCUUGUGAUGGAGAAGGAGAAAGUGGUCCUAAAUUUGAUUGAGAAGUUGGAGUCUCUUCUAUUGGAGACAUCACCAGAUGAGAUCACAGAAAAACUACGAGAGCAGUACCAGGAAUUUAUUCUGCAAUUGCAGGAUCUGCUUCGUAAGAAAUACAAUGAGGCUACACAGAACCUGCUCAAAACAGCUAAUAUGUAUGAAGAUUCUGAAACUGGGAAUAUGCACACAGCCAUAAAGGAUGAAAAUAGUACUUUCUGUAUUUGGGUCAAUCUGAAGAAGAAAGCAAGGUUCAAGAGCCACGUGUUCCAGGAGGCAGGGCAUGGCUUUGACCUGCCCAAGUCGCUGGCUCUGAGCAGCGUGGCCAUUCGCGUGCUGCACACCCGCUACGACCACGUGUCUCCCCUCUGGGUGCAGUGCCAAGGGCUGCCAAGGCAGGAGGCCUCAGACAGCCAGGAGUUAGCUGGGCAUCCAAAAGAUACUGGGCAAGAACCAGGAGCAGAGGAGGAAGAAGGCAGGGAGGAGCCCAGCUUGUCUACUGCAGAGGAAACAUCAUCCAGUGUGAGAGAGGAGAGUGCUGCCUUACUGAAAGAAAAGAGCAAUAACACAGAUGAUGCAAAAGAGACAGGGGAGGAAACUGAGAAGAAUUCAGACAUUUUGGAUGUGCCAUCACAAGGAGAGGAAGCUCUGCUGCAGGAGGAGGCAGGAGGCAGAGAAGAGGCACCAAGGGCUGUUGAUCUGCAGCAGCUGGUGCCCGUGGGGGGUGUGUACCACAUCGAUGCCCUGCAGCUGCCGCCCCAGCCCCAGGACGUCGGGGACUGGAGCGUGGUGGAGCUGCUGGACGUUGGAUUGGAGGUGUAUCCUUAUUCCCCAGGAGAGGCUGAAGAUGGCACACAGGAAGCAGUACAGAUAACCCUGAGGCUUCCUGAUAAUGUGAUUUAUUUUCAAGUGCCUGUGGUAGCCAGAUGGGAGCCUGCAGGCCAGCAGUGGAGAACUGAUGGCAUCAGCAACAUAACCUAUGAAGCAGAAGAAAAGAGCAUCUCCUUUCAGAUGGGUGCCUUUUAUCCAGUAGCCCUUCUCCAGGAUGCUCACCUGAACCUGCCCUAUCAGGCCUGGGAAUUGCACCCUACUGGUGUGGAUGAAGGACUCUUCACAGUUACUGCAGCCUUUGCAACCAUCCAGAUACAAAUUAAGGAUGAUCAGUGUAUGUUGUCUUCAGUAGUGGUGGAAGAAGAAAAGGUGCUUUCCCACAUCACAGGAAAAUGGAUGAGUCCUUUUGCCCUCAGAGAAACUUUGAAAAGAGCUGGAGUGAACAUUUUCCCAGCAGAGUACUCUCCUGAGUACGUGCCUGUGCCCAGGAAGGCUGCCCUGACAGAAGUGAAGGCCUAUGACCAGAUGGCUCUGAUGGCAGCUGCCUUUGCUUUUGCUCACAGCAAGUGGAAUGGAGAAGCAGGGCCAGAGCGAGUUGUGUUCAAGGUAAGUGAACAUCUUACAGCAGGCUCUGCCAAAGACAACAACUGGUCUCUUUAUAUGUUCAGUGGUGAGAAAGUACAAAACCUCAAGCUCACUGAAACCAGUGAAGCUUUUUCAGAAGAGCUGGAAGAAGAGUCUGAAUUUCACUCCACACUCCACCAUAUGCUCAAGGAUACUGCCAGCAACAAAGCCAUGGAUAAAGUGGAAAGAGCUGGCUUCCUGUUUAUUGAUUCUGUCUAUCAGCUGCUCCAUGCCACCAGAGUUUUAGCAUACUCUUAGAUACUGCAUGCUUUCCUUUAAAACUUUAUUAUCAAAAGUUUUCAAUAAAGUUAAGAUCCGAAAUGUAAAUCCUUUUCUAUUCAAAUCAUUGAAACAGGAUCUAAAAUGCAAACAUUUUAACUUUGCUCAAGCAAAAUAAAUGCUUUGUUCAAUUGUGAUUAGACCACCUAGACAUGUUUUGUAGAACAAAAUUGCUGUUCUAUUGUAAACCUCAAUAGAACCGAGACCCUUUUAGCUACUUUUAAAGAUUACUU